CCUCCCGCCCCAAGCCACGCCCCCACCCCGGCCCAAGCCAAGCCCCGCCCCCCGCCCCAAGCCACGCCCCGUCGCCAAAGCCACGCCCAAAACGCUGCUCAAGCCACGCCCCCGUUGCCCGGUAACCGCCCUGACUUCCUGGCGGGAGGCGGGAGGCCACGCCCCGCGCGGGACCGGCGUGGAGCGGAGCGCGGGCCAUGGCGCGGGGCGAGCGGGAGACGCUGCUGGCGCUGCAGCAGGCGCUGCCCGAGGAGCAGUUCCAGGCCCUCAAGUACCUGCUGGAGGACCGGUUGCCGCUGGCGCAGCUGCGUCCCGCCACGCGUCCCGACCUCUGCAGCCUCCUGCUCCAGCGCUUCCCCGGGCGGGCCCUGCGCGUCACCGCCGACCUCCUCCGGAGCAUCUCUCGCCACGAUCUCGUCCGGCUCUACGGGCUCCCCGGAGCGGAGGAUGAGACCCCCGUGGAGAAGGGAGACGCCGUCGGGUCUCGCGCUCCGUCGGGACGCGGGGAGGACGCGGGAUGUCCGCCCGUCUCGCUGUCAUCCGCGUCUUCCCCUCCGUCGGCGCGUCCGCGGAGGCUGACGGAGAAGGAUCUGAUCCAGAUAGCCCAAAAACUGGGAAAAGAGUGGCAGGAGGUGGGGAUAGGAUGCCUGGGGAUAGAGAGGAGCCGCCUGGACCAAAUUCGGGAGGAUAACCCCCGUAACGUCGUCAUGCAGAGCUUCGAGAUGCUGCGGGAGUGGCGGCGCAGGGAGAAGCAGGAGGCCACGGCCCCGCGCCUCCGUGCCUGCCUGGCCCCCGCCAGCCUGGACCCCGAAGUGCUCGACCUCCUCCAGAGCUUCCAGGGGGACUGAGGGGUGGGGGGGGGCCACCUGCUCCCACCCGCCCCCCUGCCGCUCAUUUUGGGAGGAAAAGGGAAGAGUAAAAGGUUUUUUUAUUCC